UACUUGUACCAACUAUGCCAUGCACCAUUGUGUUGCGACCCCACUGUGCUACCGUUUUUUAUCAUUUUCAAUAGCAAUUAUUUCAUAAUAUUACAUGUGUAUCUAGAGUGUUAGAUAUGAUUCGCGUUUAAAUAAAUUAAAUUAAAUUAACUACAUCUUGAAUUGCUAUAUCAAUUUUUACUUUAAGAGUUUAUUUUAAUUCAAAAUGUAUGAAGUUCACAUUCUUUUUGUUGGUUAUUGUAAAACUACAAUUGAUGGUAAUUUAGCCAAUUGCACCUGCACUCUUAUAAAAGGCCCUAAAAAUAUCAUUGUUGAUACAAUGACUCCAUGGGAUACAAAUAAUUUAUUAAAAGCUUUAGCUCAAUAUGGUCUAAGUUGUGAAGAUAUAAAUUAUGUGGUUAGUACACAUGGUCAUUCAGAUCAUGUUGGUAACAACAACUUAUUUUUAAAAGCACAACAUAUUGUUGGUCGAUGUGUAAGUUAUGAACAAUUAUAUUAUAGUGAUAGUAAAUUUUUUAAUACUGAAGGUAUUUAUAAUAUUGAUAAUAAAAUAAAAAUAGUAACUACUCCAGGACAUACUGCCACAGAUGUUUCUGUUAUUGUACAUACUAUAGAUGGUACAAUUGGUAUAGUUGGUGAUUUAUUUGAAAAAGAAGAAGAUAUUGAAGAUGAAUCAAUAUGGCUCAAUGCAGGAAGUGAAAAUCCAGAAUUACAAAAAAAAAAUAGAGAGUUAAUACUGAAACAAGUUGAUUGGAUUAUACCAGGUCAUGGGCCUAUGUUUUCUACAAAAAACUAUAAAUAGUUUUUAAAUGCAAAAAAUAUUUGGCCAUAGUAAGUUUUUAUAAAAUUAUUCAAUUUGAAUAAAAUAUCUACAAAGAAAAAUAUUAAUUAUUAAAAUUAACAUCUAUCAUAGUAAUAACUUAAAAAUAUGUAAAACUAAUAAGAAACAUUUAACAUAAAACAUUAUAAUACAAAUGACUUCUAAUUGUAGAAUUAAAAUUUUAAAGUCUUCUUAUGUCGGAGAUCUUAUCAGUAGAAGUAAUAAGUAUUACGAAGAGUGAUAUAGUUGAUUAUUAUACCAAUUUUAUAUGCAUAACUUAAUUAAUAUACAUUUCUAAUAAAAAAAUGUAUUAUUUUAAUAAAAAUAAAGUGACAUGAAUUAAGUUGUUUUCUUUUUUUUUUAAUUAAUUCAUUUCUUGUAAAAUAUUAACAGUUAAUUUCCAUUUAUUUUAAUUAUAUUCUGUAAUCUUUAGCUAACACUGAACUUUAUUCAA